UGCUGUAUCAGCACAGAGAGCAGCAAUGGGAGUGUGCAGUUUUCUGUUGAAAAGGUCUCUCAAGAGCUCAUGAUUUUUUUUCCAUUUCUCCUCUUAACAUUCCUACUGCUCCACAGACAUGGCUCACCACGCAAGGCCUUCCAGAUCAGUCAAAAAAGAAGAGCUGGGCAAAAGGAAAACUAACCAGGGCAAAAAGAAAUCUAGCCAAGUGAGAAAGAAAACUACAAAGACUUCCACAAAAGCUGUUAGUUCUGGAAAAGGCAAAAAGCCAGCGCAAGAAAAAGAUGUUAAGAAAAAACAGCAAGAAAAGAAACCAAUCAUGAGCUCUUCGGGGAGACUUCUCAGGAGCAGUGUAACGAGAACCUUGUCUGGAGCGUCUUGGGUGAGUUUGGAGAAAGCUGACAACAUCCUCUUUCACAACCAGGAUUCUUUCAACAUCAAUGGCUUCACAAUGUCUCUCCGUAACCGACCCUUCUCCCCUAGAUUGUCCCAAACUCCAGUAAUUGCAAAACCCAAGAAAUCUGCAGUACAAAAAAGGCUGGAAACAAAGGAAAACCAUGAGCAAGGAGCCCUGGCAGGAGUAGAAGAGAAAAACGAUGAAACAGGCAAAGUAGUUUUGAAACAAGAUUUAACCCAAGAUGAGUUGGCUGCUCUGCCAGUAGAAGGUUCUCCCUGUAGUGCAGGUGAAGGGCCUGCUCUCCCAUGUGCCAGUCAGGACAAGGAGGUAGAAAUACCUGGAACAAAUGACUCUGUUCCAAACAGUUGGCUAACUGAUGGUACAGAAGCAUCAGGGGUGAAAUCUAAGCAUGAGGGUCUGCCCUGUGAGCAGAUACCCAGUGAUCUUGACAUGGGUAGUUUGGCUGAAGCAUUUGUUGAAGGUGCUGUGCUUGUGCUUCCAUCUUUUCCUUCCAACUCCAUAAUCACCUCUGAAUCCGAGGUGUGUGGGGAGACUCCCUUCGAUGUGGUGCCCAGCAGUGAAGAACCUGACCCCGGCUCUGCUGUUACCUCAGACCUCAGCUCAGCAGGACUAGCACAAGAGUCAGUCACUCUUGCCACAUCCCACAUUGAAGCAGAGUUGGACCUGGUGCUACCUAGUGAAGAACAAGACCCAGAUUCUGCAGCUGUUGUUACCUCUGAGUUUCACUCACAAGAUUUAUUAGAAGAUGCAAGGUCACUUGCAGAGUCCUGCUUGAAGGCAGCCUGGGAUUUAGAAUCUGAGAAUAGAGACAUUGGUUCAAAUUCCAGCUCUGUAGCUGCCACUGAAUCAAAUUUGCUUUUACAUUUUGAAGGUGCAAGCUCACUUGCAGAAUCCCCCAUGAGACUGGUUGUGGAUUUUGUACCCAUUCCCAAAGAAUUUUACUCAAAUUCAGAUUUGAGCUGUACGAGAGAAAAGUCAGAGUUUGACACAAAAAACAUAUUUACAGUAUGUGAAUCAGUCUCCAACACCUCUUUAAACAAUAUUGAAGUGGAGGACAUAGAACAGCUUGUUAAAUGUAUCGAUGCAGAGACAUUGAUUUUGAAUUCAGGUUAUGUCCCCACUUUAUCUUCAGAUUUAGAAAAAAGUACAUUCAGUAAAAUAUCUGGUGAAAGCUCUGGGCAGUUCUAUGAAGGUUUUGUUUCAGAGUUGCCUUCGAGGCUGGAAAUCUCUGCUCUUGCCUCAGAAAAAGCCAUAAAUGCAGAUUUGCCAGCUGACUCAAGACUGCAGCAUAAUGAUUAUUCAUCACAGCUGGGAAGUGUCGGAGUGAGCCUGAAUCUGGUUCAGGACAACGUGAGCAACAGCACUGAAGCAGUUGAGGCCUCAGGGCCAUCCUCUCUUAAAAAUCCAGCUGGUGGUUGCCCUGUUCCAUACUCAUCUCUGCUCCCUAUGCUGGAGAAGAAGAAGCGAAGGCGCUGUGGAGUCUGCGAGCCGUGCCUGCGGAAGACGAACUGCGAGGAGUGCAGCUGCUGCAGGAAGCGCAAAACCAGCCACCGGAUAUGCAAGAAGAGAAAAUGUGAAGAACUGAAAAAGCCGCCGCCGCCGGUCACGCUGCCCUUCCAGGUUCUAACAGAAAACAAAAGGCCUCAGAGGAGGAAGCAAAGAGUUUUAAAGGCAAAUUUAGAAAACAAACCAGUAAAUGGCCGCAGACCAGAACUCAUGGAAUGCAGUAUAUGUGGUCAUGGUGAAAAAUACAGGGUGAAAAGCAAUCAAGCAGUGCCCAUUGAAAAUGUGCAGUGCAAGGAGAAGGAGAGAAUGACUGGCCUGGAAGCAGAGAAGUGGGCACAUAAUGAGAAGCCAUCCUUUGGUGUCCAUGUCAACGGCGACAUCCACGGAGCUGUGCCGGGCACCGAGCACUUGAACCAUGCUGGAGACAGUGACAGAGCAGUCUCCCCCAGUCAGUUAGCUGAGCCAAAAAAAUCCUUUGCACACACCAUCAGAAAUGGCAUCAAACCCCUGCAUUAUUCACCACCAGAAGCCGUUGCUUCACUGAAAAAAGUGUCUGUAGAGGAAAGGACAGACUUGACGAGCAACUCCCACCUGCAAUGGACAAAAGGUACCAAUGUGAAUAACACAGUAAAUGCUCUGACAACUGGCAUUGGCUCUGCUCACCCACAAAACCAAGGAAAUGUUUUAAUAAAGGAGGAAAACUGCAUGUGCAGCAUCUCUGAGGAUUUUGAUAAGUCAGUUUUGCAGGCAGGUUCCAUCUGGGGUCUGCAGGAAAGCUUGUGUUGUCCUCCCCUGCCUGAAGGGGAACUGCAGGCAGGAAAGAAUGGCUUUGAAGUACCUAAGGUGGAGACACAGCCUGAGAAUCCUACACUCCAGUCAACUUUCUUGUCCCUGAUUAAAACCAGAAAUUUAACUGUGGAGCAGGUUGUAGCUAUUGAAGCUUUAACACAGUUAUCUGAAGCCCCUUUAGGAACAACUUCGCCAGCGAAAACUGGAGGUACUGAAUGUACAGAAGAAACAACUUCCAACUUGCUCCAUAGUUUUAAAAGUGACACCUCGUCCUCCUUCACAUGUUCUGCACUAAAAGAGAUCAAGGACACUUACUUACAGAACGAGCAGCAGCUCCUGGCUCACUGCGCUCCCCCGCAGAAGCAGCUCCCUAAUAAGGCACUGUUAUACAAUGGCCAAAGCUCAGUCCCGGAAUUGCAGGAUAAACCUGCCAGCCUGGCUGGGGAGAUGUGUAAGUUACAGUUAUCCUCAAGAGAUACCAAAACUUUAUCUGACUUAACAUCUAAUGCAACGUCGCUUUCAGGAUAUACUACCGAGAAAAAUUACGCUCAUGAUCCAGUUGCCCUUGGACAGUAUUGCAACGCUUCCUGUAAUGUCCAGCAACCAGGGAACAACUUGGAAACUCCUGGCCAGUUAGAGCAAAAAACGCCCUCUAAUGAUUUGAACUUGGAAACUGGUUCUUUGAUUAAGGAAGGAGGAAUUCACAGCCAGGAUGAAGAAGAUGUAGCUGCACAACUAACUCAACUUGCAGCACUGAUUGAAUCGAACGAGGCCAAUUCACAACAGAAGAAUGACAUAAAGGCAUCACUGAUUAAUCUAAUAUCACAGGAGAGGCAGCCAAAACAUAACCAAGAUGUGGUGCAGAAAAAAGAAUCCGCAUUUUUUAGGCAUAAUUAUAGUUCCUUACUGAUAAAGCAAAAACAAGUAACAAAUAAGAAAGGCGGCGCUGUGCCAUGGAAACCAAGACACAAAAAGAAGCCUCCAGAGGCACGCUAUCAACAGGCUAAUCAGAACCAGCUAGAGCUGUUGUCAUGCCAGCACAACGAGUUGCAGGACAUUUGGAUAUCAUCAAAACUGCACAAGCUUGGUCAAACCAUGCCCCAGGACUCCAGAAUAGCUCUGCCUGAAAAAAAAUCUCCAAGAACCAAAGUACAGAGAGCACAGAGUCAAAAUACUUCAUCAUCACAAGAAAAAACUAGAUUAUUUCUCCCCCAAACGCAGAUAAAAUUCCACAGAUGUUUACCUGAGGCACCACAAGAGAAAAAAAAAGACAGGUUGUUUGGCUGUGAAGUGGUGAAUGAGCAAAUGAAAACUGCAGGCUCCCGGGACCCACUGGGCACUGACCCACUGAAAAAUGAAGUUGUUGCACGUGGCCAACGCAGUGACCUGUCCUCCCAAAAUCCCCUGGCUGUUUCACAGCUGAAAACAGCAUCCUUGUUGAACAGACCAACCGAAAACCUACAGAUGUUUACACAACAAUGCAAUUCUCAGGUACAGCAAACAGCAGCUGGCAGUCAGGCACACCCUUUGCCUCCAACCCUUAACCAGUCCGACCUGAGAGCCAACGAAAAGAGCAGUGAGAGCACAGCCUGUGUCCAGCAGGGCACACAGGCAGACCCAAAGGUGCAGGUGCUGCCUGUUCCCUGUGGAGGGGCCCAGGUACCAGCUUGUGCCGAGGCUCUCAGGAACAUGGAGUGUGUGGGCGAGGUGACCGUCCUGACGUCAUCCAGUUUGGGUGCUGACCACGCACAGAGCACGGGCGACUCAGGGUGUUCCCCAGCAAAAAACACGCUCAGCAGUUUCCUUGAAUCACCUAUGAAGUUUCUUGAUACCCCCACAAAAAAUUUAAUAGAUACACCUACAAAAAAAGGACAGUCUGAGUUGCCAACUUGUGACUGUGUUGAGCAAAUUAUAGAGAAAGAUGAAGGCCCCUAUUACACACACCUCGGGACAGGACCCAGUGUUGCUGCUGUGAGAGAAAUCAUGGAGAACAGGUAUGGAGCAAAAGGAAGCGCUGUAAGAAUAGAGGUAGUGGUUUAUACGGGAAAGGAAGGAAAAAGCUCUCAGGGGUGUCCAAUUGCCAAGUGGGUGAUCCGCAGGAGCAGCGACGAGGAGAAGCUGCUGUGCCUGGUGCGGCAGCGGGCGGGCCACCACUGCCAGACGGCCGUGAUCGUGAUCCUGAUCCUGGCCUGGGAGGGGAUCCCCCACCUGCUGGCAGACACCCUGUACAAGGAGCUGACGCAGAGCCUGCGCAAGUACGGCUGCCCCACGAGCCGCCGGUGCGCGCUCAACGAGGAUCGUACUUGUGCAUGUCAAGGACUUGACCCAGAAACUUGUGGAGCAUCGUUCUCAUUUGGCUGUUCAUGGAGUAUGUAUUUCAAUGGCUGUAAGUUUGCCAGGAGCAAAAACCCCAGGAAGUUUAGGCUUCUCACUGAUGACCCUAAGCAAGAGGAACUUCUGGAAAAUAAUUUGCAAACGUUGGCUACUGAUGUGGCUCCAGUGUAUAAGAAGCUUGCUCCGGAAGCUUUCCAGAACCAGGUGGAGAACGAGCACAUGGGCCCCGACUGCCGGCUGGGCUGCCAGGCGGGCCGGCCCUUCUCCGGGGUCACGGCCUGCAUCGACUUCUGUGCCCACGCACACAAGGACACCCACAACAUGCACAACGGCAGCACCGUGGUCUGUACCUUGACGAAGGAGGACAACCGGAGCGUGGGGGUGAUCCCGAGCGACGAACAGCUCCACGUGCUGCCUCUGUACAAGAUCUCACAAACAGAUGAAUUCGGCACCGAAGAGGGCCUGGAAGCCAAGAUCAAAGCCGGGGCCAUCCAGGUGCUCACAGCAUUCCCCAGGGAAGUGCGGAUGUUGGCUGAGCCUCUCAGAGCCACCAAGAAAAAGAAGCCAGACACGAGGAGGGCCCCGAGUGAAAAGCAGCCAUUAAUAGAUAAAAAGUAUUCAACACCAGUAAAGCUGAAAACCGAAGCCCCAGAAAAUCUGGGCAACGCUUUGCAUUGUUUAGGGAACAAAACAGAUGCUUUAAAACCUGGAAUAAAAAUGGAGACUUCCAAUCACCUGUAUACCAUGAAACAUACUUCAAACACUACUAAAAAUUGCUCCUUACUAAAGCAGUGCCCGGCUUCCUCCCCCUUUAAGGUGGAUAGUUUACAUCCUUGUCCAUCUCUAGCACAUAAGCCUGGCCUAACAGCAGUGACUAACAUUCAGCAAGAUUUUUCAGUUCCCUACGGGUAUUUUGAGUGCAGUACCAAGCAACCUCACGUGACACCUUACGUCAACUGCAAGAGCUUCGAUGUGUCGGUCAAGGAUUAUACUGGAAUUCUGCUGGACGAGAAGGUGAAUGGGGUGCCACCGAUGCUUCCCGAGGUCACUGCUCCAGGCCCCCCAGCCCACACAGACCCCCUGCCCACUAUACUUGAACAUCAGCCUGACAAACAGAACUGUCAGCUCCAGCUGGACAGCUCUUCCUCACAGAUGGUCAGCUCUUGUGACUUGUCAGUACCGCUAAGCUCUCCGGCCACGGAUGCCGUCGGAAAUGGAGCCGACUGUUCCCAUGGAUGCCCGGUGGAAAAGGGCAGCUCCCAUCGAGGACAGAUGUGUGACUCGGACUGUAUUGAGGAAAAGCAAAGCAGUGCACUGGGACACCCGGCUGAUUCUGAAGAAAAGGCUGAGGAAUUGUGGUCAGACAGCGAGCACAAUUUUUUGGACGAUGACAUUGGUGGGGUUGCUGUGGCACCUUCUCACGGUUCUAUCUUAAUUGAAUGUGCAAGACGGGAACUCCACGCUACCACACCCAUCAAAAAACCCAACCGGAAUCAUCCCACAAGAAUUUCUUUAGUUUUCUACCAACACAAAAAUUUAAAUGAGCCAAAACACGGUUUAGACAUGUGGGAAGCAAAGAGGGCCGAGAGGGCGAAAGAGAAGGAAAAAGAAGCGGAACGACUGGGAACGGAGAAUUCAGAACUGAGCUCCAGCAACAGGAAAGCAAAGCAACCAAGUGAAAACAGAGACCUUUUUUAUGAAGACAGUGAGUUCAACCAAAUUCCCUCCCGCCGAGCGCUGACAGUGACCAAGGACAAGGUGAUCACGGUGUCCUCGUACGCCCUGACGCGCGUGGCGGGGCCCUACAACCACUGGGCGUAGGUGCAGGGCCCCUCCUGGCACAGGGUCACACGGUGGUUCUCUAAGGUGCUGUUAAAGAACAAGUCUCCUGUCGUUUACUAUUUGCUCAUCUCAACCAUUUUAAGGCUGAGGUAGAAAAAAAAAAGGGGGGGAUUUCUUCUUAAACUGUGACUUUAACAUUUGGUGGUGCUCAAGCACAUUUUAAGCAAAAAAAAAAAAAAAAGAAAAGCUGUAUAGUUUUAAUACAUUCUAAAAAAGAUUUUGUUUAGGUUAUUAACCUUGAUUGAAUCAUUCAGUUUAUUACCUUUAGGAAUUUAUAUUUUGGUGCUUUAAAUAAAGUCUGUUUACUACAAAAAUCAUUUAUAGGGAUUUUAACAGGUUCACAUUUUAUGGUGUUAAAUCAAGUUAUACAGUUAUAGCUCUACACAGCUCUUGGUGCUUAACCACAUCAAACAGUUAAAAAUAAAUAAGCUGAAUUAUUACUUCAUGGUGCCAUUGCUUUAACAACUUCCAACCAUUGCUAUGUAGUCCAAAUUACAGAUAAAUCUUUUAGAAAACCAAUGAAUUUUGUUCUUUAGAUUUGUCAUUAUGUAUAAAAUGAAGUUAUUGGUAAGGAUGGCUGGAAGUUGUUUUUAAGCUGUAAAUAUAUAUUUUAAAAGCACUUUCUAUUUUUAAAAUUAACUUGAAAUAGUAUAGUCUAAGGAUCAUAUUGUCUAAGGUUUGUGCAUACUCUACAGAAGUGAUUUUAUUCUUGCUGUGUAGAGUUCCGUGUUGUUACAGCUGCAGGAUGUGUGCUCACAGCAUAUGUGGUUGGUUUUAACUUGCCCUUUUUCAAUGAAGAUUUUAUGUUGCAUAUAAACAACAGUUACGAAUUACAGAACCUUUUUAUUCCUUUCAAGAGAGUGUACAAACGUGAACCGAGGAGAUGUCUGGUCAGUACAUUUGUUGCUAUUGGGAGAUAUGAACAUGAUUUGCUUUUUUUAAAGGCAGCAUUUAUUAUGGUUUCUUUGAGCAAUAAGUGUGUAAGUCUCAUUCCUUUGGAGCAUUCUAAGUUAACAUGACAACCAAAAGUUCUUAAUGCCUCAGGGGUAGGAUUGUUUUGGGAUAAAAAAAAUACCCCUUAGAGUUGCCUUAUUCUGUUCUGGAAAAAAAAUUAAUUUGGAGAAAAUACAAAGAAAGUGUUGGAAAAUUAUUAAACUUCUAAUAUUUAACAGCAAAUUUUUCAUUAAGAAUAACCUAUCUGUAAUAUUCAUCAACUUUGAGUUCAGUUUUCUUACAAAAAUGUUCUGUAAAUUUUUGAAGCAAUUUAUACAUUUCUCUUCAAGAGGGUUGUAUCCUUUCUUCCAAACAUAUGAAGCUUAUGUUCUCCAUUUCUGUUAAAAAAGUGACAUAUCACGAAACGAGUAUUUGCUAAAUCAGAGGAAAAACAGACACUCCAUUGCUUUUAAAUACUGUAGCAUCCCUCUCUUCUUUCUGAUUCUCCUCUCCUAUGUAUUUCUUUAUUAAACUUAUUUAUUUAAACAACUUACCAAAUGAAAACGUUAGCUAGGGACUGACCUCAUCCUGCACCUUGUCCCACAGGAGCCAGGACUCCUGGGAGAGCUGUAGGGUCAGGCCCUCACACAGAGCUGUACCUUCCUCCUGCCUCACGGCCACCCGCCUGGGCAGCCUGGCGGUAGAACCAGGUCAGAGAGUUCCAGUGUGCAAAGUACUGAUGAUAUACUUGAUAUAUUACACUGUAGUGGUGCUGUGUAGGGGCGUAGCAGCUGUCUAGAGCUGCUUUAUUGAAACCCAGACAAGGUGCUUUUUCCUGGGGAAGCUCAAGUGCCAGCGCUCUACAGUUCUGGUACGACAAGUACAUCAGUGGUGUUUUUAACACCUGGUGCCAGUCAAGACCUCGGUGCUACAACUCUGGUGUGGCUGCAGAGCCACGAGCCCGCGCUCCUGCACCCUGUGCACACGGUGCUGUCUGCAGGAGCCAGGGCUGAAGUACCAAUCACUCUGUAACGACCCUGGGUUCAAUUCUGCCAUUUCUGUUCAGAUUAACAAAGCUGUUGAUGGCAGAGGGUGGAGGGAUUGAACCCGUUCUUUGUCUCUUACCUAUUUUAAGUAAAAUUUGUAAAAACCGGGUAUGCUGCAAAUUUUAGUUGAAAGCUUGAUAUUAGCUCAAAUAGAGGAUAUGAAGGGAUUGUAAAUAAUAAAACAGAACCAAUAUUAUGCCAUCGUUUUGUACCAGCAGUUUUAUGCUUAUUGACUACGUAACAUACAGUAUACAUCAAAUCAUUACGGUAUUUUGUGUGCCUUAGACUUCCAUUGUAACCCUUGUCUGUGUUUGGUGAGCCCAAGAUCAGUAGGAGUGGCAGCUGUCCGUGCAGGGAGCAGUACUGUGCCUUCCCAGCUGUUCUGAAAGCCGUAGGCCCACACCACGAGCUUAGUUUAUUGGUUUCACUGGUAGUGCUGACAGCUUUAGUUUCUCUAGUGCUGUAAUGCAGCACUCCCAUGUGAUAAACACAUUUUCUACACAAAAUUAGUAAGUUACAGAGCCAUCUCUUUACCUUUUCAAAUGUUCAUACCAUUAAAGUGGAUCAUUUUUACUUGAAUCUUCUCCUACAAAUGCCCAUAUUUAACUUAUGGAAACUUCAAGGUAAAAAUGUUCCUUUGAAAAACCAGCAGCUUUCCUUUAAGAAGUGAGGCACUGAAGGAUGGAUCUAAAAGGAUCCCUUCAAACACAGGUAGUCCAGGUCUAACUUCUUUUGAAAUGGCAAUUCUAAGAGAGAAACAUGUAUCUUAACAUAAUAGUUAAGCUAUUAACUGAUAGGUGCUAAACUCACAGUUACUACUUCAUUAACAUUACUCACCUAAGAAAUAGCUCAUCUCUACAAUAACAUAUCCCUCCUGGUGCUCUUCAUUUGACUGUGUGUCCCCUAAGCUGCUUUUCCAGCAUGUCCUACCUGCCAGGCAGGCUGGGCACAGGGCAGGCUGUGCUUGGAGCAGCUGGUAUUUUCUAUUGCUGUACUGCAGUAUAGAAAAUGCAAGUAUUUACUGUUUGUACAACUCUGUGCUGUUCUUGUAACACUUCAGAAUAUUUAUCAGUCUUGUACACAAACUGCAUUGUUUUCAGUAAUGUUAUUGUUUUAUAACAGUAUUUGUCUCUUUAAGAUUUGCUACUCUGUGAGUUCGUUCUUUCCUUUGCUGCCCACACAGCCACUUGUAAUUUGCUCUUGCCUCUUAACCAAGCCCCUCUGGGAUGGCCAGACCAGGAGCUGGAUCUAAAAUUAAGGUAGCUGGUUAGAUCAGACCU